CUUUAUCAGAUGAUAAAAUUCAUUUCUUCUUCAGAACACAGACCGUCACAUUGAUACCCUCUCUACCUGCCCGACUGAGAUAAAGAAUGAUCCCCAAAACCACCCUGGGAUCCUUUCAGAAGUUUCUGGGGGUCCUUCUUCUGCUGCUCUGUUUUGUAGGAAUAUUUAUUGUGUACUACAAUCCGACUGUGAGCUGGUUAACAUGCAGCAAGGUUGCAGCAGUGCCGGUUCAUGAAGUUUGUACAGAUGCAUGCCUCAACGUCCUCCAGACUGAAGACCUCGAGAGGCUGAACCUCACCAGUGCCCUGAACUGCACUUCAGAGAGGAAUCAAUUAUCACCAAAAGAGGCAGCAGUUGUGCAAGAAAACACCUCCAGCAGGAACGCCUCCAGUCCCAACACCAUCGUUUUGGUCUGGCCGUGGCCUUUUGGGUACAGUUUCGAUUCUGAGUCCUGUGGUCCAACGUACGGAAUCACAGGUUGUCAUUUAACAGAUGACAGAAGCGUCUAUGGCCGAGCCCAUGCGGUCAUGUUCCAUCACAGGGACAUUUCCGGUGAUGUGUCAAGCCUUCUGGCAAUGGAACGACCUCCGCUGCAGAGAUGGGUUUGGAUGAACAUGGAGUCUCCAGACUUUUCGGCAAGCGUUCCCAGUAUGGAUAACCUGUUUAAUUUGACUGCCAGUUACCGCAGAGACUCAGACAUCUGGGUUCCCUAUGGACAAUUGGUAGGAAUUUCUGAAGAGGACGAACCCUUCCGAAUCCCAACUAAAGACAAGCUGGUCUGCUGGAUCGUCAGCCACUGGAAAAGUGAGUUCAAGCGAGUGCAGUACUUUGAGGAGCUAAGACAGCACAUGGAAGUAAAUGCGUAUGGUCAUUCCUUUGGGAAACACAUGAGUGACCAGGAUUUUCAGGCAGUGAUACCCAGCUGCAAGUUCUACCUGUCAUUUGAGAACUCUGUUUAUAAAGACUACAUCACUGAGAAGCUCUUUAACCCGAUGAUAAUGGGCUCGGUUCCUGUGGUUCUCGGACCUUCCAGGGAGAACUACGAGGAGUUCAUACCAGCAGAUUCCUUUAUCCAUGUGGACGACUUUAAAACACCUAAAGAACUUGCAGAACAUCUCAAACUUCUAGACCAGAACCAGGAGAUGUAUGAACAGUACUUUGCUUGGAGAAAGCACUUUGUUGCGAGGCGUUCUGAUUUCGGUUUAGAACACGCCUGUCGUAUCUGUGAUCAUAUAAAACGAAACAAAGGUUACAGAGUUUUUAAAAAUCUUAAUAAGUGGUACUGGGGCUAAAUAGCUUGGCAUAACCUUCGGAAUCAAUAAAGUAUCUAUCUAUACUGUA